UGCAUUGUUCCCUCUUACGCACUAAUCAGAAGGAAUUCACGCGAUGCCAAUUUGCAGAACGAAGAUAUCGAGAGCUUUUGGAAAAAAAGAGCUUCAGUAUAAACAGAGAAGCUGGUGACGUGAGGAGCCACUUGAAGAUGACCUAUUUGAUCUGUGUCCAGAGAAAGCCCCAUGGAGAGCGAUGGUGCUGAAAGGGUAAGCUCCGGUGUGGGAGUCCGCGCGCUCACGGGCUGCGCUCUCUGCGCGCUCAUCCUCUCCACACUGCUGGGGAACACGCUCGUGUGCGCCGCCGUCAUCAAAUUCAGGCAUCUCAGAUCCAAAGUCACUCAUUUUUUCGUCAUAUCCCUGGCAGUUUCGGAUCUCUUCGUGGCUGUUCUGGUCAUGCCGUGGAAGGCUGUCUCUGAGGUGGCCGGCUGCUGGCUCUUCGGGAGCUUCUGCGACACUUGGAUAGCUUUUGAUAUCAUGUGCUCAACUGCGUCUAUACUCAACCUGUGCAUCAUCAGUUUGGACAGAUACUGGGCGAUCUCGAGCCCCUUCCGUUACGAGCGUAAAAUGACCCAAAGGGUGGCGUUUGUAAUGAUCGGGAUGGCGUGGACACUUUCUGUCCUGAUCUCUUUCAUCCCUGUCAGACUGAACUGGCACAGGGCUGUGGAUCAUAACGCGCCUUUAAAUCUCACCACACACUCGGAGGACUGCACUGCGACUCUAAACAGGACUUAUGCCAUUGCAUCUUCACUUAUAAGCUUCUACAUCCCCGUUAUAAUCAUGAUAGGAACAUAUACACGGAUUUAUCGGAUCGCACAAACGCAGAUCAGAAGGAUCUCCACUUUGGAAAGGGCAGCCGCCGGACACAUGCAGAACAACCACGACUGCGCGAGCGAACAGUCGCUGAAAAGCACGUUCAAGAAAGAAACUAAGGUGUUAAAAACACUUUCCAUCAUCAUGGGGGUGUUUGUGUUCUGCUGGCUUCCCUUUUUCGUCCUCAACUGCAUCGUGCCCUUCUGUGACCUGGACACUCUUGGAGACUCUCUGUGCGUGAGCAGCACCACUUUCAACAUCUUCGUGUGGUUCGGAUGGGCCAACUCAUCGCUCAACCCGGUCAUCUACGCGUUCAACGCGGAUUUCCGCAAAGCCUUUACCACUAUUCUGGGUUGCAACCGACUCUGCGCGUCCUCUGCGGUGGAGACGGUGAACUUCACCAACGAGCUGGUGUCCUACAAUCACGACACCACUCUGCUCCACAAGGACGCGCAGGGUGUUCCCUCAGCCCUGGGCCUGGUCCCCGGUCAUGGGGAGCACAUGGACUUACCUUUCGACAAGGUCUCGAUCGCGUCCGAUUUGUCUCGUACCCAAAGGAACGUGUUGCUGCCUGCGCUCGAGCAGGAGGGCGAGAUGGAGAUUUCCCUGGACAUGAUGCCCUUCACCUCCACUGCACUGAGCGACUGCUGUGGGAUUCCUGGUCAGAUUGAGGAGUGUUGAGUCUGGACUCAUUUCACAAGAACCUAUUUAUAGCAUCAGAAUUAAUGCGUAUAUGACCUCGUUUUAUUUUUACAUGCACUCAAAAAGUACUUAGGCCUAAAUUUAAGAUGUAUGCAUUUGAAUUAUAUAAAAUUCCCAUCCUUUUGAGUUUUGAACAUA